AUGCGCAUACUUCAAAAAAGGUUUGCUGACGCCCACAAAGGCAGGACUAAAAGCUCGGGACCUAAGGUAGUGGUGGCAGUUGAUGAUGAUGGAAGUGACGAAGAUGAUGCUGUAGAACCUGGGAUUAGCACCCAUGAGCAAGAGAGGAUUCACGACACAAGUGGCAUGGAUGAGGACCUGGACAAAGACCAAUAUUACUGCCUUGAUGAAGGCACCUACCUGGAUCCCAACACUCACUCGAAGGAGCCAGAUGCCUCAAACAUGCCUCUCGGAUUUGCUAGCAGCCACGGGCGACGCAUUAACGUUGAACCAGCUGGCUCUAGUCUUCCUGCUGCUGUCACCGACACCACACAAGCUACCAACAAGAUUGAGGGUGCUCCACAAGGCGCAGAGGGUACACCUUAUACUCCUCCAAUUGACGCAGCUGCUGAUGCCGCCCUGCACCUCCCAGCGGUGCCGCCUCCUACUUCUCCUCUUCCUAGAACAUCUGACACAGCUGCUGGCAGGACUCUGAACCUUCCAGCAGCAUCGCCUCGUGGUGAAGCUACUAGCGAGAGUCUGCAGGUUGGUGAUGUUCCCACCAAGAGUGCCCCCAUGGGGCAUUUAUUAGAGGGAAAUCUAUCCUGGCAGGAUUGGGAGAAUUCUUUCACUGCGUUCAAAGCCUUCUUUGAUGGUGGCGUCAAAAUUCUUCGGUCCGUCGAUGAGCUUCUUCCACUUUGCUACAAAUUUGAUGGAUAUGCGACGUUCCAGGGUGCUUUCGUAUUCCCGAAAACAGUUGAAGUUUUGAAGAAAUUCAUGGACAAAUACGGAGGUGUUUGUGCUUGA